AUGGCCCUGUUAUCAUUUCUCUGCAUCUUGAUUCAAGUUGCUGCACUGGCCGCAGCAGCUUCUUUCAAUUCCAGUGUUCGCGUGACAGACCCCUACAUUGCCACCCAAUGGAACGCCUGUCCGUCAAUAUGUGACAGUGCCAACCCCAAUGACUGGGACUUCUACCCCAACCUUCGAAUCCUUAAGUCGUGCAAAGAACCAAUGCUCCUUAACCUGAUGGUUGGCUUUCCAAAUAGCACUACGAAUCUCAAUCCCCGUCAGCCGCUGUAUGCCUGUUCGACAACAAACAACGGGUACAACAGUGCUACCUCGAAGGCCAAAGUUGCGAGCACACCAAAUGCAAGUUCUUCACGCUACUUGAACAAAGAUGUUCAGGUAGAGACCGCGUGGCGAGGGGAGGAAACAAGCCGGUAUACAUCCCACACGGGGGUCGCAGCUCAACUUGUGCAGUCGCAAUUGAAUGCCCCGUCCAGCAAAAAUGCCACUAUUGCCAUUGGGUACUCGAACGGGGUUGUCCUUGGAGCAUUCGUUGGUUCCAAAAUACAGAAAGGUAGCGACAAUGACGGCAUUCUAGGACUCUUCCAGAACAAGAUCCAACAGGGAGAACUAAACAAGUCCGGCGUCAUGAUGCAGGUCUGCGAGAGUGACCGUGCGGCAGCUUACACGCUUGGUGUUAUCGCUGAAGCAAGCCCAGAUUCUUCGCGAGCCCUGAGCGCCGUGCGAGAGGCCCUUGCGACGUGGGAUACAGGGAAAUGUGUUUCUGGAUACAGCGGGAGUUCAACAUCCACGAUCUCAGUGGGUGAGGUCGUCGAUGAGGGCCAGAACGACGGUCCUAUCUCCGGUGGCAACGGCACUAGCGUACACCGACGUGCCCAUAAGCAUUCACACGGAAAGGGACUGCUUCAUGAAAAGCACCGCCGAGCAACAUGUACCGCCAUCCAAGUCAACGACGGCGACAGUUGCAGCAAGCUUGCAAGCCGAUGCGGGAUAUCUCCUGCCGACUUCACCAAAUACAACCCAAGCAGCACGUUGUGCUCUUCCUUGCUGGCUGGGCAGCAUGUUUGCUGCUCUGCCGGUACGCUUCCGGACUAUUCUCCCCAGCCGAAUGCCGAUGGGACAUGCGCAACAUAUAACAUCCAGAACAACGAUGGUUGUAGUAAGAUUGCCGCUGCUAAGAGUAUCACGGUCAAUGAUAUCAAGGAGUGGAAUAAGAAGUCGUGGGGGUGGACGGGAUGUGAUAACAUUCAAGCUGGAGCAAAUAUUUGUGUCAGCAAGGGAGACCCACCAAUGCCAUCCACUCUGAAGAACGCCGUAUGCGGUCCACAGAAACCUGGGACUAAGAGACCGGAUAAUUGGGAUGAUAUCGAAAGCCUGAAUCCUUGCCCUCUCAAUGCGUGCUGUGAUAUUUGGGGACAAUGCGGUACUACUGCGGAGUUUUGCACAAAAACAAGCGACGGCACCAAUGGGUGUAUUUCAAACUGCGGUACUGACAUCGUUUUUGACGGGAAUGGCUUCGAUGACCAUCCUGUGCUAGUUGGUUACUAUGAAGCGUUUCAGAACAGCCGACCAUGCUUGAACCUGGAUGUGACAGCUAUCAAUAACACAGUUCAAUGGGGGGGUCAACAAGGAAGCCAUUCAUCAACAUUUUCGCAAGCUUGGGAUCAUAUCCAUUUUGCGUUCGCCAACAUCACUGAAUCAUUCGAGGUGGACGUUUCCAGCGUUCAAGAUGAGUUCGAACAGUUCAGAAAGUUUAAAUCCGCAGGCAAAAAGCCAAAGGUGUUGUCGUUUGGUGGAUGGUCAUUUUCCACGGAUUUGGACUCCUACGCCAUUUUCCGUAAGGGUGUCACCGAUGAACAGCGUUCAUUGUUUGCAUCAAAUGUCGCAAAGUUCGCUGAUGAUAAUGACCUCGACGGACUGGACUUUGAUUGGGAGUAUCCAGGGGCCCCUGAUAUCCCUGGCAUUCCCGCAGGCGAUCCCGGUGAUGGUGAUCGAUACCUUCAAUUUUUGAAAGAGGUUCGGGAUAAACUCUCCUCUGAGAAGACACUCUCCAUCGCAGCUCCUGCCUCUUACUGGUACCUCAAAGGUUUCCCGAUUGCGAAUAUCUCGUCCGUAGUUGACUACAUCGUGUACAUGACCUACGACCUGCACGGCCAGUGGGACUGGGACAAUGCUUGGUCGGUUGAUGGUUGUGAUGGCGGUGGCUGUCUCCGGUCACACGUCAACUACACGGAGAUUGUCAACUCUUUAUCGAUGAUCACCAAGGCCGGGGUGCCCAACAGCAAGAUCGUCGCAGGUCUGGCGAGCUACGGCCGGUCCUUUGGAAUGGUUGACCCAUCCUGCUAUGGACCGGAGUGCAAGUUCAAGGGGCCAGAGUCAGCGGCUAUGCCUGGAGAAUGUACGCAGACCCCGGGUUACAUUGCAAACGCAGAGAUCAACGACUGGCUGCAUGGUGAUCAGAAUAUCACCACGUACUUCGACCACGUUAGCCGAUCCACGAUCUCCUACUCGGCAAACGGCACAUGGGUGGCCUACACGGACGACAACGAGAGAAACAACAGGAUUACCGAAUGGUGGUACAACAGAACCGUCCUUGGAACAAGUCUCUGGGCGAUUGACCUGACUGAAUUCGUCGCUGAGCUCCCAGACGGCACAGUGCUGCCUCCACUGACCCUGCCCAACUGCGAUCAAGCCUUCACCAGUCUGGACGAUGUCGAAGCCUCUGCCGAUUCAAUCGAUCCGGAAUGCAUGAAUUUGUAUCUGAUCCAAGCGUUGAAGAGCAAUCUCUCCUCGUCAGUCUCGGCGUACCACGACGUCAUGAAAACGGACUACGACAAGAAAUUCGGCUGGUAUCAGGAUGCGGUCAGGGAGCAGUUCCCGCGGUCUCUUCAGGCGUUCUUGAAGGCCAAUGCCUCGAAUUACUUCGAAUGUACCUCUCAGGGUAUGGUCCCGCGGAGCGAAGAGCCGGAAGGCAAGAAUGUGAGCUCUUCGUGCCCAUCCAAUCCAAAGGAUACAGGUUACGCUAUCUUCUAUUGGACAGCGACAGACAAGGAUGGGUUUCUGGAGGACCUUGAAGACACCACAGGAAUUUCACCAGACCAGCUCGUGUGGGAGAUUGAUGCAUCGCAAUGCGUCAGUAGUCCAGACCCUUCACAGCCGAUGAUAUGCAGCGGCAGCAGGAACAUUGGCAUGCCGACCCUCCCGCCAGAUUUCACCGUCAGUAAUCCCAAGGACAUCAUCUCGGCUCGGCUCCCCAAUAUCACGACGUUCGAGGAACAAUCUACCACCAUUGCCACACUGGCAGACAGCGACCUGUACCUCGGCGACACCAUUGAUGUCGUGGACGGCGCAUCCCUCCUCGUCCUCAUGGUCUCGAACUCUAUCGCAAGCAUGAAGAGCGUCGAAAGCAUCGGCGAGGAAUAUCACAAGGAACAGGUCGAAGAAGCUAUUCUUCUCUUCGUUACUGCUUUCCUCCUCCUCAUUCCUGGCAUCGGAGAGCUCGCCGACUCUGUUGAAUUGACCUCGGUCGCAGUUACGCUACGAGCCAUCGGUGCAGCCGGUGACGCCGGAUUCGGUAUUUAUAGCGUCGUGAGUGCGAAGGAUGCGGGAGCUGGGGAAAUAUUCCUCGCUCUUUUAGGUGGCCUGGGCAUACUAGAUAUGCUCGAGGCACCGGCACUUUUUGCGAAGGCUGCCAAAGCGAGAAGGGCUAUGGAUGCCGGGGAUAUUGCAAAGCUGGGAGACGAGGUCAAGGGUGGGAUGGCUCAGAUUGACAAGUUGAAGCAGCUUUGCCGUUAG